UCCGGUGACAGUGGGCUCGGUUCCGCUGGGAACGGGGAAGGAGGCCGGGUGCGGCCGCCGGUUGUCCGCUCGGUUAUCGCGGUUGGUCGCCGGCGGGGGCCGAGGGAACAUGUACGGACCGUCGGGAUCGGGUCUGUCGGGGGCGCGCAGGCGGCCCGGGGGCGCGCUCCCCAAGCACACGGAGCGGAGCCUGGCGUCGGCGGUACCGGGCGCGCUGUCGGUGACCGCCCUGUGCACGGCGCUGGCCGAGCCCGCCUGGCUGCGCGCUCACGGCGGCGUGUGCCCGCGGCAGGAGCUCGGCGUCGCCGAUGUUUUGGGACACUUGGACUCGGCUCUGCUGGAAGAAUAUUGUAUGAACUCUCAGACUGUGCUGCUACUGCGGGUUAUUGGUGCCUUCUGUUUCCUGGGGAUUCUUUGCAGUUUGUCGGCCUUUCUGCUUGAUGUAUUUGGACCAAAACACCCAGCACUGAAGAUUACCCGCAGAUAUGCAUUUGCACAUAUUCUUACAGUUCUCCAAUGUGCCACAGUGAUAGGGUUCUGCUACUGGGCAUCAGAGCUAAUCUUGGCACUUCAGCAACAACACAAGAAGUAUCAUGGUUCUCGUGUCUACGUGACCUUUGCAGUCAGCUUUUAUUUGGUGGCAGGAGCCGGAGGAGCAUCCAUCCUAGCAACAGCUGCUAACCUGUUGCGACACUACCCAACAGAGGAAGAGGAACAAGCACUGGAACUGCUCUCAGAGAUGGAAGAGAAUGAACCAUAUCCAGUAGAAUAUGAGAUUGUUAAUCAGUUCCAACCUCCCCCUGCAUACACACCUUGAUUAGCAGGACAUAUUACCAUUUUUCAUCUUAAAUCUGUCUUCAUUUGAUUAUUUGAACUUGUACUUUAUUUCAGUAGACUUUUAUCUAGAGCAGCUGCCUCCAACCCCUUAUCACUUGAGCACCUCAGUUCUGCUUGCUGGUGUAUUGGGGGUCAGGAGCUGCAGUCAUCUUAAAGUCAGAAGUUUGUUGAUUGUUCUGCUCCCUUACUGUUCCCCAAGAUAUGAUAGUAGCCUUCUGCAGAUGGGUGACGGGAGCUGGAAAUCCUUUCAUGUAAGCAAAGUACUUGUUCACUGCUAUUUAAAGAGACAGUAUCUUAAACUAUAAAAUCUAAAUUUGAAGCUUAUAAAUUUGAAGCAUUCUUCCCCUCCCCCCAGAGCUUUUAAAUAAACUAGAAUCAUGUAGGGCUUCUGUUACUCAGUUAUGUUUCAUUUCACAAACACAAGUGAUUAAAAAGUUCAAAUUAUUUUAAAGGAUUAUAGCUGGCAUUUGAUUUUAACUGGCAAGUGUCUUGCAUUAUACAAGGUACUGUCUCUAGACCUUUGUUCUCAUAGCGUUAUUGUCAUCUGUUCACUCACUUGCUGUUGUACAGUGUCUUAAUACCGGGAAAUACUUUUCUUUCACUCAGUUAAAAAGUGCCAGCCCUGAGCUUAAGGGAACCUAUCAGCAUUUGUUAGAGAGGGGUUACUAGACAAAUCUAUAUCGUGAACAGCCAAAUGAUUCUGUCAGAUUGUGCUUCUGGCCAUUUGAGGUUAUAAUAUUUAAAGUCUGAUUGUCAUUGUUGGAAGCCUGUUACCCUUCCCUAAUGUCACUUCAAGAUAGAAGAAAGCACUUUACGAGAUUGGUUUUAGAAACAACAAAAAUAAUUUGCAUUUAUAUAGCACCUUUUAGCAUAGCAAACCAUUCACUGCGCCUUGCAUCAAAAGAUUAAAUCUACUUAAUAUCUGACCAAUUUUAUGUCUUAAAGGAAGAUAAAGAGGUAGAAGUGGGAGAAUUUCAAUUUCUUCCAAUUCACACAAUCCAUAGCAGCCCUGAUUAACACACAGGUUUAUGUACAUCAGUUGAUGUGAAGGAAUGUCAACACUGUUCACUUCAGACAUUUGGUUCUGAUAUCAAAAGUUUAUUAGUUUAAUGAAUGCAAUGUGAAGAUAUACAAUGGGACCUGUCUGAUACAAACAGUAUUAAUGAGGCUCAAGUGAAAUAGGAAUUUAAUCAUGCAACUUUUUAAUCAAUUGUUUCACCAGUUAAAUAUGAAAUAAAUUUUACAUUGGAAUUAUG